AUGGAUGACUUGGUGUUGAACGCUACGUUGUGGAUUUACAACUGUACUCUAGUGUCUGGCGCCCAUAACUGCAGCAUGUACGAGAUGGCGUUUCACGGAGACGGCUCUCACGUUUUGAGAAUCUUCAUCUCCAUCACCUACUCGAUGGUUUGCGCCGUCGGCCUAGUUGGGUACUUGCUGGUCUUUUUGCUGAUGAAGGCUAAACCAGGGCGCAGCAAGUCCACCAUCUGUGUCUUCAUUCUCAACCUGGCGGCGACUGACUUCCAGUUCGUCCUGACCCUUCCGUUCUGGGCAGUGGACACAGCCUUGGACUUCAGCUGGCCCUUUGGAGAUGCCAUGUGUAAAAUCAUCCAGUCGGUGACGGUCAUGAACAUGUACGCGGGCGUUUUCUUCCUGACAGCGAUGGGCAUCGCCCGUUACUGGUCAGUGGCUUCGGCUCUGAAGGCAAGGAAUAGCCGGCUGUCUUGCACCGUCAAAUGGGUCAGUGCGCUACUCUGGGCCGCCGCCGGCCUGACCACGCUGCCCACCGCCGUCUUCGCCACCGUCAGCACCACUGCCGGCGAGAAACUCUGUCUGCUGGACUUCCCGGACGAUGGACAAUACUGGCUGGCGCUGUACCACAUCCAGAUGAUCAUCCUGGCCUUCAUCCUGCCGCUAGUCAUCUUGUCCUUGUCUUAUUUGCUCCUGAUCAGGUUCCUGAGACAUCAACACAUUGGUGCCAGCAACCCCAGGAGAAAGUCCCGAGUAACCAGAUCCAUCACCAUCGUUAUGCUUGCCUUCUUCUGCUGUUGGCUACCCAAUCACUUGAUAACAUUUUGGGGCGUCCUGGUCAAACUCAACGUCAUACCUUGGGACAACACAUACUACUCCUUGCAGACCUAUGCUUUCCCCGUCACUGUGUGCUUGGCGCACACCAACAGCUGCCUGAACCCUGUGCUGUAUUGCUUAAUGAGAAGAGAGUUCAGGAAAUCCAUGAAAAAGAUCUUUUGGAAGAUAUCCACGCCGGCUCUGGCUCGCAAGGUUGCAAUACGACCUUUCUCUGGCCCUGUCAAUCGGGAAUCCACGCACAUCCAAGUCGGGAUUCCCCUGGAUAUUAUCGAGAGCGCUCGCUACAGCCCAGACUCGGAUUCCCACAGUAUGUGUGAAAACGGUGCAACCAACGGCAGCACGGAGCCGAAGCCUAACUAA